AUGGCUAUCUUCGAGUCCUUGGAGGAACCCCCACCUCUGCCCACGACGCAGGUCCCCUGCCUGAAUAUCUUCAACCGGUAUGCGGUUGGGCAAUCACGCACAUCUCGAGUCUCGUCAGAGGCGAUCGAGCUUGAUUGUGGCCCUACUGACCCGCCGGCCGGAGAGUUUCUUCAGGCAUAUGCGGGGUUUGUCGCUCAGUUGACGGGCCAGGAAAAGAUCGCUUUUGUGCGAGAUCCGUGCAGCUCCGUUGCAGGGCUGCAAGACCCAGCGAGGGUGAUCGUUCUUGCGACCAGGAAGACAAGGCAGGAACCAGACAAGGCAGCGCGGUUUGACAUUCAAGAGCAAAACUACGACGACUACAACAAGGACGAGGUCCAGUUUCAUUUGAACCUGGCUCAGCUGGCUGGCACCGAGCAGACCCUCUUCUCAGACCACGAAGACCUCUUCACUUUGAACGUUAGAUCGAGCCCCGAAACAUGCAAGCUGCAGAUCAGCGUGGUAUAUCCAUCACACCUCGUCCCUUCCCAUGCGAUCCCACAACUACUGAAGACGAUUACAUCACACUUGACGCGCUCAGUCGCCAGCCUGCAGCUCCCAAAUAUCAACAAUAGCAAACACUCCCCAGAACUUUCCGAGCUAAAUUGGCCCUCGCUUGGGAAGCCUCCCUCACAGAGCCAACCAUUCAAUGGCCGCUCUCAUGGACCAUUUCUUCUUCAUUCAGCCUUUGGUGCUUGGGCUGAGCAAGCACCACAUACCCAGGCCAUUGAUUUCGUUUCCACCCUCGGAGAUUCAAACCGACCUGCCGAGCACCACACCCUGACGUAUGGUGCAUUAAACACAGCAGCAACCAGACUGGCUGCCCAUAUACACGAAAGGAUUUCUAACAGCGCUGGUCCCGCUCACAGCCAGUUUAUCAUUCCUAUCUACAUAUCCACCUCAGUCGAACUGUACAUUUCGUAUCUCGCUGUGUUAAAAGCCGGUUUUGCAUUCUGUCCAAUUCCAUUGGAUGCCCCGGCCAGUCGUACCGCUGAAAUCCUCCGUGAUUUGACCUCGCCCGUGAUACUGGGUGUUGGCGACGAGCCUUCGUCUGGACCUUGGGUAUCAGAACAACCUGAACCCGCAUGGAUUGAUGUUACAGCGGUUUCAGGGUGGAGGGACCUAUCUAGAACUGAUAAGUCGAAUGUGGAAGAAUUACUGGAGAUCAACUUCCAACCGCCGACUAUCACCGACAAUGACCUAGCUUACCUGAUGUACACGAGCGGCUCGACUGGUAAGCCUAAGGGUGUGCAGGUCACACAUAAGGCAGUGUCAUGUUCCAUAGAGUCCCAUGCCUCGAGCAUCCCUCUCCCAUCAAGAACCUCGGACGGCUUUCGCUGGUUCCAGUUCGCGAAUCCAACUUUCGACCCAUCGUUGAUGGAAAUCUUCGUUACACUAAGCAGCGGUGGAACGCUCUGUUCAGCCUCUCGAGCGUUGAUGUUGACAGACCUCGAGGGCGCCCUCAACGAAGUCAAAGCUACCAUUAUGAUGGCUACACCCAGUCUGGCUGGGCUGAUACGCCCCUCCGAGCUCCUGACAUUGAAACAUCUGUGGACAAUGGGCGAGGCACUGAGCCAGACUGUAAUCGACAAGUUUGCUCGGGACUUUACGCUGAUCAACACGUACGGGCCUACCGAAGGUGCAAUUAACUGCACUUUCCUGGGUCCUGUGGAAAAUGGCAUUCGUGGUUCCAUCAUCGGUGGGCCUCUUCCUACUUGUUCCAUGCUAGUCAUAGACCCCAAUAGCGAUAGUCCUAGUCCAGUCCCUGUCGGAUGCGUGGGUGAGCUUGCGCUUGCCGGUCCCCAAGUCAGCAGGGGAUACUUGAAUCGGGAGGCAGAGACUGCGAAGGCAUUCGUCGACAGCCCUGAAUUUGGUAGAAUCUACCGGACUGGCGACAUGGCCAGAGUCGUAUGGGGACAGUCGGGUGAGCUUCUCAUCGACUUCCUAGGACGUAUACUAUCAGACCAAGCGAAACUGAGCGGCCGCCGGGUUGAACUGGGAGAGAUUGAGUCGCUCUUGGCCACGGUGGAUGGGGUGGCCGAGGUGGUCACCGUAGUUGUCAAGCGGGACCAAGAGGAAAUUGGCAGCGAGCGAGUCGUCGCCUGUAUUGUGUCUGCUGGCCAGACCGAUGCAGACAAGAGAGACCUUGUCGACCGCUGCUGUCAGACCGUAAACCACCAUUUGAUUUCGUAUAUGCGCCCAUCGGCAUACCUCUUCCUCCCAAAGCUCCCUAGACUCACGUCUGGGAAGACUGAUCGCAAGGCCAUUGGGAGCUUGCUGUUGCGAGGCAAUGACAACCUGGAUAUAUACCAGUCCGACAUGUCCGCUGCAGUUGGCGAUGGGCAGGAGUGGGAUUCGAGUAACAAUGAGGUCCGCUCGAUCGUCGUAGAGGCUUUGGCCCAGGCUGUUGGUGAGAAGGCGUCGGCGAUUCAGCCUGGCGCGAGCUUGCAUGCCCUUGGUCUCGACAGUCUCGGGGCAAUGAAGCUGCUGCAAAAGCUCAGGGAUAAUUCAAUCCAUGACCUCGGCGUGGCUGGUGUUCUUCGUGCCCAGACCCCCGUCGCUUUGGUGGCGCUUGCUGUGCAGAGUAUAGAGUCCACAGAGCUCAGGGAAGAACACAAGAAUCAUCUGGCCAAGACGGAGGAAACUCCGAGGCAAGAGCUGAAUCUGUUUUCUGAUCGCAAUAUUACAACCUGUGCUGGGCGACUCCAGCUCGGCGAAGCAGAUAUUGAAAAAGUCUUGCCUACGACAGCAACACAGUCUGGGAUGCUGGCAAGUUACUUGCGCAGCUCAGCAGCAUCGACCCCCACUACUCGUUCGUAUAUCUAUCACUCUGUAAUGUCCCUGAAACCAGAGGCGGGCUUGGAUCGUUUGAAGCAGGCGUGGGAUACAGUCAUUCAAAGUUACGAUUCAUUCAGGACCGUCUUUUGCUGGCUCGAUGAUGACCUUGCUCCUUUUGCCCAGUGUAUUCUGGAUUCCAAAGCCUCUCGUCAUCCUGGAUGGAAUAUCUAUGCAGCUGUAAAGGGCGACACUCAAGCAGAUGAAAAGACCGAGUUGGCUCUUCGCACCGCCGAGAGAAAUAUUGACAUCCAACGGCAUCCUUGGCAGCUGUCGCUGGUAUAUCUCGAAGACCAGGUGUGCCUCAUUCUUAGCAUGUUCCACGGGAUCUUCGACGGUGGAUCUCUGCAGCUUCUGCUGGACGACGUGUCAGCGGUCUAUACAGGCCAGGACUCCCUGCCACGUACAUCCCUGGACCACAUUGUCGACCACCAUUUCAUGGCGGAUCAUGCGUCGACUGCUGAGUUCUGGAACAGGCAGCUUGAGGGAUACGUUCCUGUUGACUUUCCUUCCCUUUCCUCCACACGGCCGCCUGCGUCGCCCGCCACUCAUGCCGUCGAAGUGUGUUCCCAAGUCGGUUAUGAUCAAUUGAAGCAGGGCUCCAAGAUGAUGGCUACAACACCAUUGUCUGUUGUCCAGGCAGCCUGGAGCUCCAUCCUUCUUGCCUACACUGGGGCGAAUGGCCAUGAUGUCGUUUUCGGCAGCGUGGUAUCUGGACGACUGGACGAGAAGUCCGAAGUCUGCAUAGGGCCGACAUUCACUACCGUUCCCAUUCGACUUAACCUUCACAAAGUACCCAAAGGCGGAGAGAACUUUGACAGCCGCUCAGUAGCAAAGCAUCUCGCAUCAUUGAAUACAGACGCCAUGACCUAUCUGCAGCCUCGAUUAGGGUCGGUGGUGACCGCAGAGGGCCGGCUUCCAUAUGACACGCUGCUGGCGUACCAGGAUUUCAGUGCCAAAGGCACGUCUCCUGCUAUCUGGCAGUCCAUUCACCAUCCAGCCAUGGUCAAUGAUUUUGCAGUCAUGAUUGAGGUAUGGCCUGGAGAGAAUUCAACAUUGACACUGCGCGCUACAUUUAGCGAGAAGGUGAUGGACCGCGCUGCGGCGGAGAUGAUGCUUGCAGAAAUGGACUCCAUUAUUGCGUCUAUACUCAACAGUCCUGGCGAUAAUUUCUUGGAGACUUCUGCGAUUGACGAUGGACGACUAAAGUCUGGCCUGGAUCUAGCUGCACCUCCAUCUUCCAUGGUGUUUGACAGCAUGCUCCUCCACAGUGCAUUCGAACAACACGUCGAGUUCAACCCUGAUGCACUUGCGUUGAUAUUCAAGAGAGCUCUGGCAGAUGAGGCCAACACUGCAAAUAUUUCCUGGACCUAUCGGGAACUGAAUUCAAGGGCCCAGGCUCUGGCUGCACAGCUACAUUCCGGACACUACGAGCUUUGUCCAGGCUCUGUGGUCCCUAUAUGCAUCCAGAAGAGCCCAGCCUUAUAUGUAGCGAUUCUUGCAAUUCUGAAGGCUGGCUGCGCUUGGUGUCCCAUCGACGUGUCCUCUCCACCGCAAAGACGGAGCAAUCUUAUUGCACGCACUGGAUCGCGAGUGCUCUUGGUCUCCAGCGAGGACACCAUUGACGCAGCAGAGUUGUUGCCCGAUGGAUGCCAGCCAUUGAAUGUUAGCCCAUUCACCAACCAGUCAUUGUCGCUUCUCCCCGAUCAUCAGCCUCUAAUGGCCCAUGAAACCAAGUCUUCGAACAUGGCCUAUCUUAUUUGGACCAGUGGGACGACUGGAGCACCCAAGGGUGUGCCCAUUACCCAUUCUGCGGGAGUGGCCAGUAUAGCGUCGCUGAUGAAGACGAUUCCCCUUGGUGCCAGCGGAACACCUCGCACGCUGCAGCUAUCGGAUUCCAUAUUCGAUGUCUCGAUACAAGAUAUAUUUUACACGUGGAGCUCCGGCGGUACCUUGAUAUCUGCAUCACGAGAGAUCAUGCUGGGCUCAUUCCCACAGCUUGCAAACGAGACCAAAGCAACGCAUGUACAUUUAACACCCGCAUUUGCAGCAGGAAUCCGGCGGAGUGCGUGUAAGACCCUGCAAGUCAUUACCAUGAUUGGCGAGAAGCUCCCUCAACCCGUUGCCGAUGACUGGGGGACGGAUAUGCGGGCGUUCAAUACCUAUGGGCCGGCUGAAGCGACAAUUGUAUCCACAGUGCGAGAAUUUGGGAAUGAACACAGCAGUGUUAAGAGUGCCAAUAUCGGGUGGCCGCUUGAUACCGUGUCUGUUUUCGUUACCAAGGGAGAGAAGUUGCUGAUGAAGCACGCUGUGGGUGAGCUGGCACUCGGUGGACCACAACUAUCGCCUGGAUAUCUCGCGCAGGAAGAGAUCACAAAGGCCAAAUAUCGCUGGAACGAGAAUGUCUCGCAGAUACUCUACUAUACAGGAGAUCUUGUUCGAAUGCUAUCAGACGGCUCCCUCGAGUACCUGCAUCGGGUGGACGACAUCGUCAAGUUGGGCGGUAUUCGAGUGGAACUGAGCGAGAUCAGUUAUACCCUGGCAGACUCGCAUCCCCUGAUAGACACCGUGGAGACCCUGGUUCUGAACAGGCCCGACAGACCUACUAACGUGGUGGUCUCAUUUUUAUCAGCGCCUCAAGCAGUCGUCGGUAUCGACCAUAGUGGUGAAGCCAUCGUUGAUGAGCUUGGAGCUUCCAUAGCCUCUGCAGCACUGAAGGCAGCAUCAUCUUCGCUCCCUCCUCAUAUGAUCCCGUCGUGCUGCAUUGUCAUUUCUUCUAUCCCCAGAACACAGUCCGGCAAAACCGACCGUCGCGCCCUACAGGCUAUAUAUGUUGGACUGGACAUUGACAGCUGGGACCAGGCACUGGGACUGAGCAGUGACGGCUCAUUACAAAGCAUCUCUGACAGUUCCAGCACUCCGCUAAAUGGACGUAUAACUUCCACAGUCUCAGCGUUUGCAAAUGUCAAGCAGUCGCUGAUCACCGGAGCAAGUCGACUUGCAACGCUGGGGAUUGAUUCUAUACGGGCGAUAAGACUUGCCUCACGCCUGAACGAGAACGGCGAUAAGAUCUCCGUUCAAGACGUUCUUCAGUGUCGGACAGUUGCGGAUCUCGUCAACAGAGUCGAGCUUGCUCCGGAGCAGGACCAGGAGAGAUAUGACUUGGAAGCGUUCAACAGUCAGUGGCAUGAUGCGGUGGCCAGCGCUGUCACUGGAGACUUCCAGGUAGCACCAGCAACGGCAAUCCAAGAGGGCACGCUGAGUGAAACAAUGAGCAAUGUCGCCAUGUACUGGAGCAGCCAUUUCUUUGCCCUGGACCCUUCAGUCGACCUCAACCGCCUCAAGGAAGCCUGGCAUGCGGUAUGCCAGAGCAAUGCCGCUCUUCGAACAGGGUUUGUCUCUAUCGCUGCGCUAGAGGAGCAAGCUGUAGAGGGCUCGUCCAAGCACGACUUGCUCCAGGUGCUCUAUAACCAGCAUGACAUCGACUGGGCAUACACGGAAUGCACACAAGCUAGCUACAGAUCUGUGCUGGAGGACAGGGUCAACGACAUCAUGGCCAAGCACCAAAACAGCUAUUUCAUACAGCCUCCAUGGGCAAUUACAGUGCUCGCAAAGGAAGACGAACAGGUCCUGGUUCUCACUCUCCACCACAGCAUCCACGACGGUCCCUCGCUCGACUUCAUCAAGAACGACGUUUACAGUGCCUACCAGUCUUCGGCGCCUACGCGACCGUCGCUGCAACAGGCCCUGUCGCUAGCCCUUCCAACUCCUACGCAAAAGCAGGAAACGAGUGACUUCUGGCGGGCUGAACUGGAGCCAUUCGCAAAUGCGGGUCCUCCGGCUUGGGCUGAGCUGACAGGCAAGAGGGUGCGCAACGGCAUCGUGCCUAAGCGCAGUUUCAUAUCGGAAUCGAUUUCCCUGUCAGAGUCUGCAUCUGCUCUACGAACAAAGGCAGCCGGUCUCGGGGUGGCCUCAGUGGCAUCAGUCCUUCGUGCCGCCUGGGGGAUUGUCCUGCUGGCACACCUGGGAGACACUGCAACUGUCUUUGCCGAGACACUGUCUGACCGUGUCCUAGAUGCCGAGAUGGCAGAAGUCAUCGGCCCUUUCAUUUCAAUUGUGCCGGUGCCCUUCCAUGCCAAAGGGACAGUGAGGGAACUGUUUGACGAGCAGGGCCGCACCUAUGAACGCUCUUGGACGCAUCGCCAUGUCCAUCCCCGGGAGAUUAGAAAGGCCUUGAAGAGAGCACCAGGUCAAUCUGUCUAUCCUGCUGUCUUUACUUUCCAUCCAAGCUCCGAAGGCGGCUCGUCGUCUCGAACUGCUAUCUGGGAAGAAAGGGAGGACGAGCUGGGCUUGAAUGUCGAGCAUUCAUUCGCCCUGAAUGCCUCCGAAGAGACUGAUGGGACGUUAACCAUCAUCGUAUCUUGUCUAUCAACAAUUAUGAGCGCGACUCACUUGAAUCUCUUCGGCCGUCAUAUCGAUGCGGUAGUGAGUGCCAUGCUUGCCCAUCCAGACGAGCCAGUGCAUGAAAUCUCUCGCUUCCUGCCCACCGACCUGUUGUCCAUAUCGGGCCCGGACCCAAGCCCUGCCGUGAAGGAAUCGGUAUCAUGGAGUCCAGCCUACUGGCUUGAGGCCAAUGCGAAGACGAACCCAGAUUGGCCUGCGGUGGAAGUUGCAACCUCCAUCACCGACAAGGGGGUUGUCAAGGACUCCAUGUCAUAUGCCAGAUUGGAUUCCGAAGCAAACAAGGUCGCGGCUUAUCUGGCUUCUCGUGGGUUCCAGAAUAGACUGAUAGCUGUCUGUGGCACUCCCAGUCUCCUGCUAUAUCCCAUUACCCUCGGUAUCUUCAAGUCCGGCAAUGCAUACAUGCCCAUUGACGAGGGUCUACCAGAAGACAGAAAGUUCGUCAUGAUAGAAGAUGGAAAUAGCCCUAUAGUAUUCACCGAAUCAUCGCUGUAUCACACAUUCGCGAACAUCCCCCAGACGUGCGAGGCGAUCCGCUUUGAUGACCAGUCGUUCCAGGAUAUCCUAUCUCAGAUGCCCUCAGAGGAUCAAAGCGAUCCUGCAGAGUUAAACGACCCAGCCUAUGUGCUCUUCACGUCUGGCUCGACUGGAAAACCAAAGGGCGUGGUAGUAACUCGCGGAAACCUGUCUUCUUUCCUGCAAUCCUGGUCGGAGCUUGUCAUGCGCAUAGCCCCAGACACUCUUUCCCUGGGAGGACGAGGUCGUUUCCUUGCCCUUGCGAACAGGGCAUUCGAUCCUCACAUCGCUGAGAUGUUCGGGCCGUGGUGCUUUGGUAUGGCCACCUGCGCUGCUGAUCGGACAUUGCUGCUGGACGACCUCCAGGGGGCAUUGGUACAGUGGGACAUCACUCACGCCAGCUUUGUCCCAUCCGUCCUCGACCAGAUGAAUAUCCUCCCGUCUGACGUUCCCAAGCUCAGGUAUAUCAGUGUCGGAGGAGAAAAGAUCUCACAGAGAGUGUUGGACACCUGGGUGGCCGACACUGGGGUGUCCCUUGUGAAUGCAUAUGGUCCGACAGAAGUCACCAUCGGAUGUACCUUUGCCCACGUCAACGAGGAUACAAAUAUGAGGAAUAUCGGGACCCCUUUAUCCGCCUGUACGUGCCAUGUCUUGGUCCCAGAUAGUCUGCAUCAUGCCCUGCGGGGCCAGGUUGGCGAGCUUUGCUUCACAGGCAGCAUUGUGGCCAAGGGGUAUAUGGACAGGCCCGAUGCAAAGGGCUUUGUAACAGGGCCAAAUGGAGAGCACAUGUACCGCACUGGCGAUAUGGGACGCAUGAUGGCCGACGGCAGCAUUGAGUACUUCGGACGCAGUGACGAUCAGACCAAGAUACGAGGGCAACGGCUGGAGCUGGGCGAGGUUUCUGAGGUUGUUCGUGCUUCUUCACCGGUGGCAGUGGAUGUUGUGAGCAUGAUCGUCAAGCACCCAGCCCUUGCUCGAAGCCAGCUGGUCUCAUUUAUUGCUCGCUCCGUGCGUAAUAAGGGCGCUGAGUUGGCCAUCAUCUAUCCAGACAUUGCAACUCUAGCAAAUGAUCUCCGACGCGCCUGUGAGAAGAGGCUGCCUGUCUACAUGGUGCCAGAAAUCGUCCUUCCUAUCACAAACAUUCCCCUGGCGCGACUAUCUGGCAAGGCUGAUUCCAAGGAGCUGCGUCGUAUCUUCGGCACUCUCUCGCUGGACGAGGUUCUUCGUGGGAACAGCCUGGUCUCCGCUUCUGAUGCCCCUGUUGUUGAUCGUGCCUUGACCGCGGAGGAGGAGAGAAUUAUAGAAGAGAUUGCCAGAAUCGGCACCAUCGACGGUUCGCUGAUCAAACCGCAUACAAACAUAUUCGAGAUUGGGAUUGAUAGUCUGGGAGUGAUUGGCCUUUCUGUACGACUUCGUGCAGCUGGCUAUGAUGCGUCCGUGGCAGCAAUCAUGAACAGCCCGGUUGUUGAACAGCUUGCUCUGCUACCAAAGAGAGACGACAAUAUUUCUGCUCAGACCGCCGACAAAGACUGGGAGCAGAGACUCAACAGCCUGAAAUCCAAAUUCAUCGAGAUGCAUCCUGAGGCCGUGAAUACUCAAGUAUCAGUCAGGCCCUGCCUUCCACUCCAGGAGGGCCUGGUGGCACGAUCUAUGAAUAACGACGAUGAAGAUCUCUACGUCAAUCAUGUCCUGCUGAAGUUGAAGGAAGAUGUGCAGCCAGACCUGCUGCAGUCUGCAUGGAGUGUUGCUGCCGCAAAUAACGAGAUCCUAAGGACUGCGUUUGCUGCCCUCGACUCCGAGAUUGUGCAGAUUGUUUUCCCAGCAGAAGGGAGCACUCUUGAAUGGGCUCAGCAGAGAUUCGAUGGUAUCGAGCAAGCCAAAGGGAGCUUUAUCAGUCAAUAUCGCAGCAUUGCCCGCAACAUCAUCCAGAAUAUCAGCACAACGCCCCCUGUUCGAUUCAAUGUUGCCUCGUCCCAGAGUGGCCAGCCGCUGCUACUGCUUGUGUCCAUGCAUCACAGUCUCUACGAUGGCGAGUCCUUCGGAAUGUUGCUGGACGACGUUGCCAAACACUACGCCGGUGUCUCGCCCCCAGAACGGGGCUCGCCGUCUGCGUUCAUCCAGCAUGUUCACUCGCAGAGCCUCGACAAAUCCAAAUCCCACUGGGAAGAGGAACUAUCAGGCUGUUCACCGACCCUGUUCCGGAAUGAUACGUCUGAUGUAGGAGAACCAGUCACUAUUGACCGCACUUCUAUCUCAGCCCUGUCCGACAUUAAGCGCUACGCAGCCAACCUGCGCACCACAGUGCCUUCUCUGAUGCAAUCCAUCUUUGCUCUUCUGCUUGCAGACUCUAUCAAUUCCUCUGACAUUACCUAUGGCCUCGUCCUCUCUGGUCGUUCUGUUUCUGUCCCUGGCGCCGAGUCCGUCCUGCUUCCCUGCAUCACCACCAUCCCCGCCAGACUCAACACCAAGGGUCUCAAUACUGUCGAAGAGGUGAUUGCAUAUGCCCAGAGGACGAGCGCCAAUUCUUUAGAGUAUCAGCAUACGUCUCUACGAUACAUCCAACAAUGGGUCAAUUCUGGGAAACCCGUGUUCGAUUGCCUCUUCUCUUUUGUCAAGACAACCCAGCCCCCGGUCAACGCUCCGUGGGAGGAACUUGCCAGUGAUAUGCCGAUGGAGUAUCCCCUUGCCUUGGAGGUAGAAGCAGACGAGGCUCAAGACCAGCUUCAUCUUCAUUGUGGCUUCACUUCCGCCUUUGGAUCGCGUUCCCGUGUCGACAACCUGGUAGAGAAGAUGGAUGUCGUCCUUUCCACUAUUAUCAACGGAGAGUCCCUGUCUCUGGAGUCUUUCAACCUCUCGCAGACUUCCAUUCAGACCAAUAAACCAGAAGAAAAGGUUUGGAACGAUAAUGCCUGGUCACAGCUAGAGCAGUCCAUUCGGCAAAUUGUCGCAGAUUUCUGUGGCCUGGGAAUCGACGUCGUCCUCAAGGGCACGUCCUUCCUUCGACUCGGCGUUGAUUCAGUCACUGCCAUCCAGCUGUCCAAGCGACUUCGUACAGAUGGAGUCCCCGUUUCAUCCAGAGAUAUAAUGCGCUAUUCCUGCGUGGGUGCACUGGCACAGAACGUCCUCGAGAAGACCAAUUCAGUACCACAUGCUGCUGAACCAGCCAAAAAGUCAGAGAUACUUGAUAUUUCAGCAUACGCAUCUCAUGCGCGACUCUUGAAUUCACAGGACACGAUUGAAGGUAUCUUCAAGUGCACGCCAUUGCAAUCAUCGAUGAUUACGCAGACCCUGGGUCUCUCGGGCGCUGUAUAUGUCCACCCGCAUAUUGUAAAGCUGUCAGAGACUUGCAACGUCGAUACUCUGGCAUCUGCACUUCAAAAGGUUAUCGAUGCCAAUGAUAUUCUUCGGACAUCGUUCCAUUUUAUCCAAGAGCUUGGAGGUCAAUGGGUUGGUGCUGUUCACUCUCAGUACUGCCCUGAGUGGCAGGAAUCCUCAAUAUCUGCAGACGGCGAUGUUGAUGCCACAGCCCUGGAUGUUCUGCGCCUGGAUGAAGAGAGUGCAUUCUCCAUUCCGCCUCUUCGAGCAGCCAUAAUCCACCGCUCCAGUGAGCGUUUCUUCGCCCUCGUAACGCAUCAUUCACUGUACGAUGGAACCUCUCUCCGUUUCAUCUUCGAAGACUUGAUGCUUGCACAUCAGGGACUUCCUCUACCCAGACGCUCUCGAUUCGCAGACAGCGCCCACCGUAUCUCGCAAGGCCAGGAGGAAGCAUGCACUUUCUGGACAGAGUCCCUCCAGGGAUACAAAGUCACAGAAGUGCCACCUCUUCCUGAGUCAGAUUCGUCUCCACACAUGUUCUUUUCCGAGGCGCGAGUUGAGCUUGAUAUCUCUUCCAUAGCCAACGCUUGUCAGGCGCUAGAGGUGACUGUCCAGACAGCAGCACUUCUGUCCUACGCAAAGGUUAUUGCUAAGCUGACUGGCCAGAGAGACGUUGUGUUUGGCCAUGUCCUUGCAAGACGGUCUGGAGAUGCCCUCGAUGAAGACCAGACAAUUGGCCCUCUCUUCAAUACAGUUGCGCAACGAAUUGACCUUGGUUCCAAACUCACCACAAACCGAGAGAUGCUGCAGCGACUGCAGAGAUUCUCUGCCGACUCUCAGGACUUCCAGCAUGCAUCCUUGCGCACAAUCCAAACCAGACUGAGAGAAGCACGCCAGCUUGAUACUGCAUCUGUAUUUGAUACACUGUUCGUAUUCCAAAAGAGUGCCGAAGGCCCAGGUAGUCUGUCUGAACCGAACUCGCUAUGGACGCCCUUCAACAGUGCUGAAGCACUGGAUGGCCAGGCGCAGUACAAGCUGAACGUUGAAGUCGACCAUGGAGAUGACGGUAUUGUGGUGCGUGCUUCAUGCCAGGGACAAUUCCUCUCCCAGCGCAACCUCGACGAUACCCUAAAAGCUUUCAGUCUGGCAUUCUCCGACACAAUAAUCCAGCCUUCGCGCUCUGUGACAGCCUAUCCUGAUUGUUUCGAUCACUUGCCCAGUCCUACUGCUAGUGCCGCCAAAGAGGCAGUGGUCGACUCUGAGGAGCCCAGUCACGAACCAAUUGUUCGUAAAGUGCUAUCCGAAAUCUCAGGGGUGCCCAUCGACGCCCUCCAGCCCAAUUCAAGCAUUUUCAGCAUCGGUCUGGACUCGGUUUCCGCCAUCCGUGUUGCCUCAGAGCUUCGCCUGCAAGGAUUAGCUGCAGGCGUCGCGGACGUCCUCCAAGGGAGUACAGUUCGUGGUAUUUCUUCACGACUGCAGCUUAGCAUUAAAAAGCAGGAUUCCUUGCAGAGGCCUCUUAUCCCUGAUAUGGAUCAAAUCCGACCCAGGGUUCUCGAGCAGAUACAGCGAUCCGCAGAGGAAGUAGAGCAGAUCCUCCCUUGUCUGAACGGACAGAUGUACCACUUGGCCUCCUGGCUCAAAUCCAGACGGACGCUCUUUGAGCCUGCGUGGCCGUACGCCUGUUCCCAGCGCAUCGAUAUUGACCGAAUGCAGAAUGCCUGGACACAACUGCGUCAGCAAAACAGUAUUCUUCGAACAUGCUUCGCUGCAGUGUCUCCAUCACGAGCAGUCCAGGUUGUUCUCAAGACGGCAUCUCACGAUGACACGUUCGAGGUCAUCUCAAGCUCUGAAUGUCUUGUUGAAGCUGCUCAGACUUGGGCCAAGAUUGAAUCAAUUCGCCCAUCGACUCUGCAUUCUCCCCCAGUUCGGCUGCGUCUUAUCAAGGCAGCUGACCGGGAUGGAUUCCUCUUGCUUGUGAACCAUGCUGCCUACGAUGCUUGGUCCAUGCCGAUGAUUGUGCAACAGCUGGCAGACAUCUACCUUGGUGUCUCGUCCGAGUCGGGCCCUGAGUUUGCCUCCUUUGUAAAUUUCACCACCCAGUCAGCAAAGGUUCUCGACCAGGAUAGCUACUGGGAUUCAGUUAUUGGUGAAAGUUCCCCGACCCUCCUUGGCUCAUCUUAUACCAAUGGCACACAUACAAACGGCACAGGAUCCUCCCACCGCACUAGCCAGUUAUUCGUGGGAUCGUGGGAGAAGAUUCCGAAUCUUCCAUAUCUCGAAAGGACCUGCCAGGCUGCAGGUGUCAGUCUUCAAAGCGUGACCCUCCUUGCUGUCUCUCGUGUCCUAGCCCGUCUGGCCCAGGUCCCCAGCCCGACAUUUGGCCUGUAUCAAAGCGGUCGCUCAGCAGCUUUUUCUGGAAUUGAAGGUCUAGCCGGGCCCUGCUUAAACGUCACCCCUUUCACUGCUCGCGAUGUAUUGUCCACUGAUAGACCAUUGGCCUCGGACACUGUCAAUGCAGUGCGGUCAAUCCAAGGGUCCCUAGCGGACCUCAUUCCCUAUGAACAGACCUCGCUGCGAGAUAUAUUAACCAACUGGGCACAUAAGAACCCAGCAACCCCAGUACUAUUCAAUGCCUGGGUUAAUCUUCUUUGGACUGGGCAGCCUGCACCUCAGUCAGCCAGCGCGACCUUAUUCGAGCCAGUUCCAAUUGGCGUCCCAACAGACUUUAUCCUCUCUACCGCGCCAGCAAGGCUCGCCACCGAGAAGACCAGUGUUGAUGCAUUGGAUACAACUUACCUACCAGGCCAGAACAUUUUCAUAGACAUCGGCCCUGACCCUCGAACGCAGACAAUCGGAUUUGGAGUCCGCGUCGAGGGAGGGUUGAUGAGUGAGUCGGAGACUCGCACAUUCAUCGACGGCGUUGCAUACGAGAUUGAAGGGUUGGUACGGUCUUUAGAGAGAUAG